AUGGAGGCGGUGCUGGGGGGAGGGGAGGAGGAGGCAGGUUAAUGGCGGAGUGUAAUGGCAGCGUCCUGAGCUGCCACCCUGACCCCGAGCCUUUAACGCCUCCUAACGCGGCUGAAGCCGCAGAAAUGGCCAGCCGCGAGGAAGCCGAGGUGCAGGUGUCGGAGCUCGACUUGCUCUCCAGCAUGUUUCCCCGUGAGGAGGAGUUCCUCAUCACCGACCCGCUGGCUCUGGCAGAGCUAAAGCUUUCUGCUGAAAGUGAGGCCACAGAAGUGCCCUCUUCAAAAGUCCAGUUUAUACUCAACGUAAAGCCCGAGGUCCCUGGUGCCUUGAUGGUGGAAUUCUCUAUGGUCUGUGCUUUACCGUUUAAAUAUCCAACUGUUCCACCAGAAAUUACAGUGAGGUCACCAUUAUUAAGCCGCUCUCAGCAGAUUCAGCUGAACUCAGAUCUAAAAACAUAUUUGAUGCAAAACUGCAGUGGUGAGCCUUGCAUGUUGAGUGCAAGAGAAUGGGUUAAAGACCAUGCAUCUGCUUACAUUGACAGAGAGCUUUCAACCUCCUCAGUGAUGACAUCAAAUACCACGCAGUCAGAGGACGUCGUUUUCACUAGAUUGUGGAUCUAUAGUCACCACAUUUACAACAAGCAAAAAAGAAAGAAUAUUAUUGAAUGGGCGAAGGAGCUCUCUCUGUCAGGGUUUUGUAUGCCGGGGAAACCAGGCGUUGUUUGUGUAGAAGGUCUACAAAGUAAUUGCGAAGAGUUCUGGUCAAGAGUAAGAAGACUAACGUGGAAAAGAAUACUAAUUCGGCACAGAGAAGAUGUUUCUUUGGAAGGUGGAGGACAUGCUGAGAUUCAGAAGCAAAGAAAGUUCUCCGCUUUGGAAGAAAAAUGUUUUGAUGCGCAUGGUCCCAGAGGAAAUCAUAUGGAUUUGGGGCAGCUAUAUCAAUUUUUAGAAAAAAAAAGGAUGUGCUGACAUUUUUCAAAUGUACUUUGGGGUUGAAGGGCAUUAGGUCACCAUAGGUCCAAGUGCCUACAUUUUUAAGUUAAUCUUCAUAACAGAUUCCUUAGCUGUUCUGCAGCUGUUGAUCAGAGAGGGAAUUGAUUAUCCUUGCUUGAUACGACAAAUCCAGUUUUCUAUGAAAACAAGUAUUCAGUUCGAUUUGAGUAAUGAAAAUGACUGAAUGAAUGCUUUAUUGCAGGGAAUAUAAUUUAUAUAAGGGAAUUUAGGGGACGUAGCUAAUUACGAGGAAAGAAAAUAAGUUUGAUAACCUACUGGGCAGAGUUACAGAACAUGGGGUUUUUGUGAAUGAGUAUAUGAGUAGGAAUAGACAAAAAUGAAGUGUGGACAUCUGAGGAGAAGAGAUGAGAUGUUUACCUGACAUUAUUGUUUACAUACACUACAUGAAGACUUUUUGGUAACAAUCUUCUUAUUGUACUUUCUACCUGAAAGUAUAUUAAGUGAUGAGAUUAAUAUGUUUUAUAUAAAAAUGAAAUGGGAGCACCUUAUUCAUGCAAAUAGGGUGAGGUAGGACGCCUUCUCUAAGUAAGGCACGAGGAUUUUCCCUAGGUAAGCGUGUGUACAGGUGAGGGAUGCUGCGGUGGCUCCGCUACCUCUGUCUGCACAUGGUACAGUAGGGGCUGGGCUCCCUGGAAGUGCACUCCAACAUAAUAAAGGGUACCCUGUUGACUUCA